UGCCGACUGACCGCUAGGUGGCGAUCGUAACGCCAUCCCAACGACCCCUACCCGUGUCAUCAUUUCGGUCAUAAUCGGAAUAUUUCGGAUUUCGAUACCGACAUUUUCGCGGCAAUUCAAAUAUAAAAUAUUUUUUUCUAAAAAUGUUUUUUUUUUAUUAUGAAUUAAAUUAAAACAUAUGAAAUAUAAUAUUGAAUAAAAAUUUAUAUUUAUUAUAUUUAAUUUUAAAUUAAAUCAUAUUUUUUUAAAUUUAUAAUUACAUAUAAAUUAUAUUAAUAAAUCUCAAAUUAAAUUAUUAAAUUUUUCAAAUGUUUUAAUUAUUAUAUGUUUAAUAAAAUAAUUUUAUUCUAAAAAUUAUAUAAAUAAAACAAUUUUAAUAAUAAUCUAAAUAUUUUUAAUAAAAAAAUAUAUUUUCUGUUUUAAUAUUUAAAUAAGAAUUUAAAAUAUUUGAAUUUAUAUCAUAUGAUAAACAUUAUUUAUAAUUAUUGAAUUUUUUCAUUUUUUUGUAAUUUCAAUUGAUAUUUUACGAUUUUUAUUUUACUAAUUCUAGUAUAUUCAUUAAUUAAUUUUAGUAAUAUUUUUAUCCAAUCACAAUGCAUUUAUUGUAGCAAAUUUCGAGCUUUUAUGUAAUAUUAUAAUUUUAUCAUAUAAAUAAUAAUCUUUUCUCUUGUUAUAUAUUUAUUUGAUACUUUUUAUGUUUUAACAAGAGGAAAGUACAACAAUAGAUAAUAUUUAAAUAUAUUAACUUUUUAUUAGAUUUAUUUUGCUUUAGUUUAUUUUGCUUUAAAACGCACAUAGUAUAUAAUCACUAAUCAAGUGAAACAAAAUUAUAAUUCUUAUAAGUUUGAAACAUUUAAUAUAUGCAAUGUCUUCUAUGCCAAUUAAUAAUACAAAUGAAAAAACAAAUCCAGAUGAUUCAAUUAAAAUUUUAAUUGCAACCGAUAUUCAUUUAGGUUUUGAAUAUAAUAAAAAAAGAGGACAACAAUCAGAAGAUAGUUUUAUAACUUUUGAAGAAAUACUUCAAUAUGGAAAAGAAUAUGAAGUAGAUUUUAUACUUCUUGGUGGAGAUUUAUUUCAUGAUACCAAGCCAUCACAAACUGCAAUAUUAAGAUGCAUGGAACUAUUAAGAAAGUAUUGUUUAGGCACAAAAGAAAUUAAAAUUCAAUUCUUAAGUGAUCCAGAAGUCAUAUUUCGUCACUGUGCUUAUAAAACUGUAAAUUAUGAAGAUCCAAAUUUAAAUAUUAGUAUGCCAAUAUUUUCUAUUCAUGGAAAUCAUGAUGAUCCAAGCUUUGGAGCUAUUGGAUCAAUGGACUUAUUAUCAGUAUCUGGUCUAAUAAAUUAUUUUGGAAAAUGGACAGACCUUACUAAAAUAAAUAUUCCUCCUUUAAUUAUAAAAAAAGGUGAAACUCAUAUUGCAUUAUAUGGUUUGAGUUAUAUAAAUGACCAAAGAUUAUCUCGAUUGUUGAGAGAUUUUAAGAUAGAUAUGUUACGCCCAACAGAAAUAACAGAUUGCUUCAAUAUAUUUGUUUUACAUCAAAAUCGCGCAAAACAUGAUGAAUAUACAUAUAUUCCACAAAAUAAAUUGCCAAAGUUUCUUAAUCUUAUUAUAUGGGGUCAUGAACAUGAAUGUCGUAUUACGCCAGAAUUUAUUCCAGAUGUUGAAUAUUUUAUUUCACAACCAGGAAGUUCUAUUGCUACCUCUUUAUGUGAAGGUGAAUCAAAACCCAAACAUAUUGGUAUUUUAACUGUAAAUAAGAUGAAAUUUAAAUUACAAAAAUUGAAAUUACAGACGGUUAGACCAUUUAUUUUUGAUAAUUUAAUUCUUAAAGAUGAAGAAAUACCAAAAAAUUAUGCUGAGAGACUUUCUGAAUCAGUAUUCAAAUUUAUUGAUAAUUACAUACAAAAUGAACUUAUGCCUAAAGCUGCUCUUCAACUAUCUGGUCAUCCUAAACAACCUAUUCUACCUUUAUUACGUUUAAGAAUAUUUUAUAACUCUGAUGAAGAAAUUUUUGAUGAAAUAAAAUUAACACAAAAAUAUUGUGAUGAAGUUGCUAAUCCUAUGGAUAUAGUUAUAUUUCGUAAACAAAAAAAUGUCAAUAAGAAAUCAAACUUUUCAAAUUCACUCGAAGAUGAUUUUGAAGAUAUAGCACAAGUUUUCAAUUUUGACGACGAUGAAAAAAAUUGGAACAAAACUGUACAAGGAGGUAUAAAAAAACAUUUUAGUUUGAAAGAAAAUAAAGAUAAAUUAACAGUAUUAACUGUUAAUGGUUUAAAUGAAGCAUUAAAUCGAUUUGUUAACAUGGCGGAUUUAGAUGCUUUCAAAGGUAUUGUAAAUCAUCAAAUGAAUAAAACAAUUACACAUUUGGAAACUUGUGAAGUUGACACUUCUGAAAGUAUUCGAAAUGAAAUUAAAAAUAUUAGGGAUAAAAGGAUAGAAGAAGAAAAAGAAGAUACAAUGAUACAAACAGUAUUUAAUAAUGUAAAAAAUCAGGCAGAAUGUUUUGAAAUUGAUUCCGAUAUUAAUCUCAGCGAUGAAGAUGAAAAAAAAAAUAUGAUUCCGAAAACCAAAAGAGGUGAACGAUCGACAAGAGGUCGAAGUUCACGAGGAGAUUAUGGAAGAAAUAAAACAAAAGAAAUUACAGCAAAGAAAAUUUCAUCAAAAAUUGAUGGAAUUGAAAAAAGAAAGACAAAAAAACAGGAUCAAAAUAUAUUAGAAAAUUAUAUGGAAUCUAAAAAAAAUAAAAUUAAAAUAUAAUUGUAAUAAAAGAGAUAAAGGAGAUUUUUUUUUUAAAAUAUAAAUUAUUAUUAAAAGUUCUUUCUUGAAAAAUUAUAUUAUACUUUGUAUUAAAAUAAAUUAAGUUUUUACAUUUA